CACCUCUAAAUCGAUACGCAUAUGUAUGUAUGCAGAAUUUUGUCAGAAAUUUUCUCAAAGCGAGUGUUCUUUGAUUUACGUUGCUCAGCCGAGCUAUGUGAAAACAGAAAUAGAGCCUUAAGCGAGCAGAAAGCGGAAUCCGGAGUUCGGUAGCCCGAUUAAGGGCAUUGUGGUUCUGCACGAAAUUGUGUUUGGGCCAAAUUAAGACUCAUCGCGGCCUGCAAGCGAUUUUCUGAUUUCUCGACUAAGGCGUGGGCACUGGCGUAGUGGAUCACAGCGGGAAGCAGCAGGGAAACAUGAAGAUGGCUGACGGCUCGACCAUAUUGCGUAGGAACCGACCAGGCACGAAAGCCAAGGACUUUUGUCGCUGGCCCGAUGAACCCCUGGAGGAGAUGGACAGCACGCUGGCGGUGCAGCAGUACAUCCAGCAGCUAAUCAAGCGGGACCCGAGCAACGUGGAACUGAUCCUAACUAUGCCCGAGGCCCAGGACGAGGGGGUGUGGAAGUACGAGCACCUGCGUCAGUUUUGCAUGGAGCUGAACGGGCUGGCCGUGCGGCUGCAAAAGGAGUGCUCUCCAGCCACAUGCACGCAGAUGACAGCCACCGAUCAGUGGAUCUUCUUGUGUGCGGCACACAAGACUCCCAAGGAGUGCCCGGCUAUAGACUAUACGCGCCACACGCUGGACGGAGCCGCUUGUCUGCUGAACAGCAACAAAUACUUUCCAAGCAGGGUGUCCAUCAAGGAGUCGUCGGUGACCAAGCUGGGCUCCGUCUGCCGGCGCGUUUAUCGCAUCUUCUCGCAUGCCUAUUUCCACCACCGGCGCAUCUUCGACGAAUUCGAGGCCGAGACGUAUCUAUGCCACCGAUUCACGCAUUUUGUCACAAAAUACAAUCUGAUGUCGAAGGAGAACCUGAUCGUUCCCAUCAACGUGGGCGAGAACGCAGCCCCCGGGGAGAGCGAGGCCUAGGCCCAAGUUAUCCCGCAUCUGUGCAAAACCUCAUAGAACACGGAAUACGCGGAGCCGCACUCAUUCACCGAACAUUUAUUUAUUUUAACUGUAGCUCGCAGAUCGGUCAACAGAUAAAGCGACUCGGCUCCGAAGCAGCUCCUGGGCCGCAUAGUUAGAAGGUUGACCCAGAUAAGCAGGCUGCUUCGUCCCCCAGCCCUUAUCUGACCUCGAGUCAGCAAUUAUUCCGCAGUUAUAUUACGAUUAUGUUUAACGUCUUAUUUUAAAUAAAUUAUAUGUAGACACUUGACUUUUUGUGUGGCUGAAGCAUACCAGGACCACUGAACCCUAGCCAGGCAUCACAGACUCCAACCAGCUGUAUAUGACUAACACGUGUGUGAACUUUACAAUAUUACUAUAUAUACAUACAACCGAAAUUGCAAUAAAACAAGUACAUACACACUGA